UGCAACGGUUCCAGCACUAACGUAUUGUGGUUGCCUAACUUGAAGCUUUAUUUGUGGGGACAACUGAAAUCAAAAAGGUCAACUUCAAUUUGAAAAAUCAAAUAAAUGAGCACACAAUUAAAUUCAAUGUGUAAACAAUCGGAAUAUAUAAUUAUUAUUGAUUGCGAUUAAAGAGCUUUAAGCUUUUGUUUAAACAAUGGUCAACGUGGAUGUGGAAUACUGCGGCGUGUGCAAUUUUGCGAUGCACUGCCAGAUGCUGAGACAGUUCCUCUUGGAUGCAGCACCCGAUGUGGAGGUCUCAUGCCAUCAGGGACGUCGUGGAGCCUUCGAGGUGAAGAUCGACGAUCAGUUGGUCCACUCGAAGCUCAGUUGUUUGGCGUUUCCCCAGCACCAGAGCGUGCUCCUCCAGGUGGAGAGAGCGCGACGAGGCGAAUCUGUGGAACGUGUGAAGGAAGCGCCCAUCAAAGACUGCAGCAUUAUGUGAAGCAAGUGUAAUGAUUUUGACCAAUAACUAAUUGUUGAUCUAUUUGUAUAUAAAUACCGACUGAGUUACUAAAUUUUUAAAUGAUAAGGGCUAGAAGGCUGAAAUCAUGCAAUAAAAGAGAUUGAUCGAAAUUCCAACUGCAAAUUGAUCAACAUUAAGUAAAUACGAACAAUUCUCUUUUAGCUCGAGUUAAAAUUCCUUUCGCUGAUUUAUAACUUUUUAAAAAUCUUUCUAACAUGAUUACAAAAUAUAGAUUUUUGUGUGAUAUCCUAAACUGACGCUUAAUUCAAAAAAUUGCUGUAGACGCUACAAAAAUGUUAAAUAUUUAUAUAAUAAUUAGAUUUUACUAGUUUUUUAUUUCAAAAAUAUAAAUUUUGAGUUGAUUUUGCUUAAAUUUAAAGAAUUUGUUUAAGUUAAAACAAAUAUAAAUAAAUUUUAACUUAAUUUAAAUAAAUAUAUAGUUUUGUAAAGUGAUUUUGUUUUGUAUAAGAAUCGUAUUUAUUUUAUUUCUUCUUCGAAUAACUCAGGAUCUUAAAACAAACUUAAGCGCUAAGCUUUUGAGCGAAUGGAGCUUGUAAAAUUCGAAAGCUCAAUGUUGUUAAGUGACAUAUGACAGUAAAUAUUGUCUACUAUUUAUCCUUUGCUUUAAUUUGGGAUCAUAAGUCCUCAUUUUAU